CCAUUUUUCAGUCGUAACUAGCCAUGGCGAUCACGUACCCUAUUUUUCUUUUCUUAAUUUUCUCUUCUCUAGUCCCCAUCCUUUCUCUUUACGAAGAUCAAGUAGGCCUCACCGAUUGGCAUCAGCAGUACAUUGGGAAAGUGAAGCAAGCAGUGUUCCACACUCAUAAAACUGGUCGAAAACGAGUCGUAGUAUCCACUGAACUCAACGUCAUAGCCACGCUUGAUCUUCGCCGUGGCGAGAUUUUUUGGAGACAUGUGCUUGGGUCUAAUGAUGCUGUUGAUGGUAUGGAUAUUGCUCUCGGGAAAUAUGUCAUUACUCUUUCAUCGGAAGGAAGAGUUUUAAGAGCAUGGAACCUUCCUGAUGGACAGAUGGUGUGGGAAUCUUCACUUCAUGGUCCAAAGCACUCAAAAUCAUUGUUAUUAAUGACAAAUUUGAUAAUUGAAAGGAAUAAUGUAGUAGUCAUUUUCAGCAAUGGCCGCCUCCAUGCUGUUUCUUGCGUAGAUGGUGAGGUUCUUUGGAACAAGGAUUUUGAAGCAGAGAGCCUCGAGGUUCAGCAGGUAAUUCAGCCUGCUGGCAGUAAUUUCGUAUACAUAGUAGGAUUUGCUGCAUCGUCCCAGUUUGAGAUGUAUCAAAUCAAUGCCAGGAAUGGGGAGUUGCUGAAGCAUGAAAAUGCAGCCUUCUCUGGUGGGUUUUCGGGACAAGUUUCACUAGUUUCUAGUGAGACACUUGUGGCUCUAGAUUCCACUGGGUUAAUUUUGCUAGUAAUAAGUUUUCAUGAGGGAAAAAUUAGUAUUCAACAUACACCUAUUUCGAAUCUUGUUGAGGAUGCUCCAGGACCUGCAGUCAUAAUACCUUCAUCAACCAUGGGGCUAUUUGCAAUUAGAAUGAAUGCGGUUACUAUAUUUAUUAGAGUGAGAGGUAAAGGCAUGUUGGAAGUGGCUGAAAAAGUCAAUCGUGAAACAACCAUUGGCAAUGCUCUCUCAAUAUCUGAGGGCCAACAAGUAUUUGCACUGGUUCAACAUGCAGGCAGAGAUAUUCGUCUCACAGUCAAGCUUGCGCAUGAUUGGGAUGAUGAUUUACUUAAAGAAAGCAUUAAAAUGGACCAGCAACGGGGGCUCGUCCACAAGGUUUUUUUAAAUAAUUAUGUCCGAACAGAUAGGUCUCAUGGAUUUCGGGCAUUGAUUGUGAUGGAAGAUCAUUCAUUGCUUUUACUACAACAAGGCACAAUUGUCUGGAGCAGGGAAGAUGGUCUGGCUUCAAUAAUUGAUGUAACUACUUCAGAACUCCCAGUGGAAAGGGCUGGUGUAUCGGUUGCCAAAUUUGAGCUCAACCUGUUUGAAUGGCUUAAGGGACACAUGCUAAAACUGAAGGGUACACUGAUGCUUGCUAGUCCUGAGGAUAUAGCGGCAAUACAAUAUAUGAGGUUACAAAGUUCAGAAAAGAGCAAAAUGACCCGAGACCACAAUGGCUUCCGGAAAUUGAUCAUAGUAUUAACAAGGGCAGGGAAGCUUUUUGCCUUGCACACCGGAGAUGGACGCAUUGUCUGGUCUCGCUUGCUACAGUCUCUAUGCAAGUCAGAAGCCUGUCAACACCCAAUAGGACUUUACUUGUGUCCGUGGCAGGUUCCCCAUCAUCAUGCUUUGAAUGAAAAUCCAUUUGUGCUUGUAGUUGGCAGGUGCUUUCAAAGUCCAGAUGCACUAGGUGUACUUUCUUUUGUUGAUUCAUAUACGGGAAAGGAGCUUAGUUCGUCAAAUCUUGAUCACUCAAUUGCACGAGUUAUUCCACUGCCAUUUACUGAUUCAACAGAGCAGCGACUCCAUCUGCUAAUCGAUGCUGAUAAGAAAGCACAUUUUUACCCCAAAACUCCUGAGGCUAUUGGUAUUGUCCGACGGGAGUUUUCAAACAUAUACUGGUACUCAGUUGAGGAUGAUAAUGGCAUCAUCAAGGGGUAUGCUUUGAAGAGCAAGUGCAAUAGCAAUGUGGCUGAUAAGUUCUGCUUUGACGCUAGUGAAUUGUGGUCUAUUGUGUUGCCCUCGGAAUCAGAAAAGAUCAUUGCAACUGUCACUAGAAAAUUGAACGAGGCGGUUCAUACUCAAGCUAAGCUUAUAGCAGCAGACCAGGAUGUCAUGUAUAAAUAUAUAUCAAGAAAUCUGCUUUUUGUGGCAACUGUUGCACCCAAGGCCAGUUGCGAAAUUGGAUCCAUUACACCAGAGGAAUCAUGGUUGGUUAUAUACCUUAUCGACACUGUAACGGGCCGUGUAUUGCACCGUAUGACUCAUCACGGUUCACAGGGCCCUGUUGAAGCUGUUUUUAGUGAGAACUGGGUUGUCUACCACUACUUCAAUCUAAGAGCACACAGAUAUGAGAUGUCUGUCAUUGAAAUUUAUGACCAGUCUCGGGCUGACAACAAAGAUGUUUGGAAGCUUGUUGUUGGAAAGCACAACCUUACUUCACCAAUUUCUUCGUAUUCUCGAUCAGAGGUCGUAACGAAAUCACAAUCCUACUUCUUCACCCAUUCUUUGAAAGCUAUAGAUGUGACAUCAACAGCAAAGGGUAUAACUUCAAAGCAGCUUCUCAUCGGCACCAUUGGUGAUCAGGUUUUGGCACUGGAUAAACGAUUCCUGGAUCCUCGUCGAUCAGCUAACCCUACACAAGUGGAGAGAGAAGAAGGAAUAAUACCACUAACAGAUUCAUUGCCAAUCAUACCUCAGUCCUAUAUUACACACAACCUUAGAGUGGAAGGUCUUCAAGGUAUAAUAACUGUGCCGGCGAAACUAGAAUCAACAACCCUUGUGUUUGCAUAUGGAUUGGACCUGUUUUUCACUCAUUUUGCACCUACAAGGACCUAUGAUUCACUCACUGAAGAGUUCAGUUAUGCUUUGCUUCUCAUUACAAUCGUGGCGCUCGUAGCCGCAAUCUUUGUUACCUGGGUUUUGUCUCGGAGGAAAGAACUACAGGACAGAUGGAGAUAAAAAGAAGUUUCUGCUCAUUUCA